AUUUUAAGUGAAUUUAAAAUUUUAAGUAAUUUUAACUAAACCACUCUAAAGACUAUACAAGUUUAAACUUCAUCCAGAUAUUUUCAUAUAAAUAUAAAAUCCUAAAAUUCAUGACUUAUUUUGUUUAAUAACAUCCAACUUUGAAUUAAAUAUCGAAUAGCAAAUUCAAUAACACUGAAUUUUUUAUUUAAAAUUUUUGUUUAAAUAACAGUCAUUUUAAUACGAAUUACUUCAUUUUUUCAACUGAAUCUUUUUUUUUUUUUUAAACUUUGUCGUAUUGGGUUAAAAGUUGGAUUCAGUGAGACUGAAACAACACUUUACAGUCGGUCAAAAUCACAUUGGGUUGAUUUUCAUAAUUUGCAAUAAAAACAAGAACUUGAUUCUCAAAGGUUGGACAUCAGUGAAACCUACAUCAUCUAUUCUCUAAUCUGAAUCAGCCGUUAUUCAUUUCACAAGAUGGAGUUACAAAGGAGUCAUUUUCUGUUGAGAUCGAAGGAAAUGACAUUGUUUUGAAAUGUCAAAAGCUUAAUAGUUCAUUGCACUGUAAUUAAGCGCCAUUUCCCAUCUGUAUCACGAAACUGUGAUCAAUACAUUAAUCAACAUGUAUAUCCUCAUACAUUGUUAUGAGUUUUGAGGAAAUUUUAGAAGAAUCAUAAUAGGUUCUCUCAAUUUGUUUACUAACUAAUAGACUUCUUUAUACACAAAUACUAUUUUACUUAAUAGUAUAUGAGCAGUCCCGAAGCUUCAAGCUUUCUCAUCCGAUAUUUUGAUGAAAGAUCAUGUACUUCAGCAUCAUAAGAAUUGGAAUUCAGUAUGGAAAAGAGACAUAGCAAUAUUCAACCUAACUAUUUAAGCCACUUAAAUUUGUGAUAUAUGUAUAAUAUUUAAGCUGCUAUGGUUGUGACAAUUGUUAUUUAUUACCUAGCUUGUUACCAACAACACCAUUUGAAAAUUUUAUUUGAAUUUUCCUAACAUGAAAUAACGUAAAAUAAAGAAACCAAAAGGCUAAUUAAAAGCCAAGCAAGGGAUAUGUAUAAAAAAUAUAAUUUCUUCAUGAAAAUAAAUAAAUUACACAGAAGAUAAAAAAGAGCUUGAAGAUAACAAAAACUUCCCUAUUAUUACGUAAAUAUGGUUAAUUCGUUACGACAGAAACUUCUUUUCCUUUGACUAGAUCUUUUGUUUUUUCAUUACAACAUGUCAAACCUGUUCUUAAAGUCUCCAACUGUUGUUAUAACCACCUUUCCGUUGAAGACAGCUUGUAAAAACAAACCAACGGUCGAGUUCUUAUCAUGUCUAAAAACAACCAUCUCCUUCCUCAUCUCACGCUUCCUCUUCCCCUUCCUUUUUAUUCUCCUUCUCAAAUCUCUUCUCAACUGAUUCGCAUAAUCAUUCACGAGAUACAAGUGAAAAAAAAAACGAGAAAGGUUUACCUUUCUUGACUCCCACGUUUCUCGCGAAACGUUAAACGAAUCCAUUUAGAUUUUUUUUUUCUUAGAAAACAAUGGUCCGGCAAAAAUUCGCAUGUCCUGUUCUCGAAAUCAACUUAAUCUCAGCGCAAGACCUAUCCCUCGUUUCGAAAAACAUGAAAACAUACUCCGUCGCGUGGAUCAACACCGACCCGAUGCGUAAACUCACGACCCGUGUCGACCAAGCAAACCGAUCUAACCCAAUAUGGAACGAGAAGUUCGUGUUCCGCGUCAACGACAAGACCCUCCAAGCUGACGUGUCAGCUAUUGUGAUAGAGAUUUACGCAGCGGCUUGGUCUAAAGACGCGCUCGUCGGGACCGUGAACGUUCUUCUAAGCGAUCUCUUUGCUCCUUGGUCUGGCUUCGGCGACGGCGACGACGGUGGCGGCGGGAAUAACAACAUGAGGCUCGUGACGCUUCAGAUCCGUCGUCCUUCGGGGAGGCUUCAAGGGUUUUUACGGUUAGGCGUUGCGCUUCUUGACGGUGGUCAACGGAGUAUGCCGUUAUCGUCAGAGGUUAACGAUGUGAAGAGAGAUGGUCAAGAUGGUGUGAAGAUGAUGCAUCGUCGUACGAAUAGCGAUCUGACGGAUUUAACGACGUCGACGAAUGACUACGGUGUGAAAACUGGCGUUGUCACCGGCGGGGGAAGAGUUUCCGGCGGCAAUAACGGUGGAGGAGGUGGAGGAGGAGGAGGAGGAGGGAGUGUUGUGGUCGGUGUGGAUAGUAUGGUGAACGGUUCGUAUUGUAACUCAGAUAUUGGACCGUCGGCGUCUGUGGUUGCGGCUGCGAUUGCGCAGGGGCUUUACAAUAGACAGAAAACAGCGGUUAAAGCGGUUGCGGUGAAGGAGGACCCGAGUUCGAUUCUCGAAGGGAAGACGGAAGGGAUGGAGCUUAGAGUUGAGAGGUGGAGAGCCGAGAAAAAAGUUGCGGGUGGAGCGGUUGAAGCGGUUGAAACGUCUACAUCGAGUGAUGAUUCUAGCGGGAAAGGUGGGGGUGGAAGGAGGCCGAGGAGGAGGAGGAGAAAGGAGAAAGAGAGGCGGAGGAGAUCAAGAGAGGGAGAAGGUAAGAAAGGGUUGUUUUCAUGUUUUGGGAAUGUGUUUGGAUGUGAGAUUUCGAUUACCUGCGGCGGUGGAGGAGGAGACAGCACUAAGAAGAAGAGGCGUAAGAACAAGAAUAAAGUAGCAAACCUUAGUGCUGUAGACGAAACGUUUAGUCAUUCCGCGGCUUGAGAAUUGGUGGUGUUAAACGUUUGGUUUAUUGAUAAAACACUAUUAAAAUUUGGAAGAUAAUGUGGCAAAACGUAUGAAUAAAAGCUCCUUUUACAUUCUUGGUGUAAGCGUUUAGUCAAUUCUGCGGCUUGACAGAGUCUUAUACAUGUAAACGUUUGGUUGUGAUGGGCUAAAUUGCAAAUUUGAAAGUAUGAGGUCAAACUUAUGAAUAAAACUUCCUUUACAUA